AUGGAGUAUGAGUACAGUGGACCUUUCGAAGCCCUCCAUGGACUGACGCGCAAGCUUGGUGCAGUCAGAGGACAGGUGACGAACCCCAAUUAUCCAGACUCUAAGUUGAUGCUGCAUCCAGCUAUGUUGGAUGCAGCAUUCCAGGCGGUACUCCUUGCGCAAGCUGCCCCGUAUGAUGGAACACUUUGGUCACUUCACGUUCCAAAAACGAUCAAGCGUGUUGUGGUCAAUCCUGCCUUAUGGCAGCCAGAUCUGACCAGGGGUAGAUCAUUACACCUCGACGCCUGCCAAUCUAUCAAGACGGCGAAAUUUCAGGGAGACGUCGACAUCUAUCCAGCAUCCGAGGGCGAUGCACAUGCACUCUGCCAGGUGGAGGGUCUUGACUGCAUUCCAUUUGCUCCUGCAUCUGCUAAGGACGAUCAAGAAAUCCUGGCGGCUGUAGGGUGGGGACCUGCGUUCCCAUAUGCAGCCAUUGCAUCUCAAGAUCUAAAUCCUACUCAAGAGGAAGUGAAGCUCGAUCAGCUGCUUGAGAGGCUUUCUCAAUUCUACCUGCAAAAUCUACUCCGUUCCAUUCCUCCAGAAGACUCUCGCCGCCAAACUUGCCCAAUUGCCGGCAUGUUUGGAUUCGCCAGUCACACUGAUUCGAUGAUCAAGGCGGGUGACAGAAAGUUCUGGAAGCCAGAGUGGCAUGAAGACACGUUCGAGACUAUAGCCGAAGCAAUAGAGCCAUUCAAAGACAAUGUCGAUGUCAGACUGCUCAAGCGCAUAGGCGAGAAUCUGGUCAAGAUUGCCAACGAAGAGGUUGCCGCCAUCGAGGUUGCGAUGCAGGAUCACUUGCUGAAUGAGGUCUACGUUGCUAGUCUAGGCUUGAAGGAAGUCACCCAUAUUUUGGCAAGAGUGAUAUCACAAAUUACCCACAGAUACCAACAUCUGAACGUCCUAGAGGUAGGCGGCGGAACUGGAGGAUGUAAUAAAGCCAUUUUCAACAUUGUCGACAGUUUUGCGUCGUACACGUUCACUGACGUUUCUUCGGCAUUCUUCCCCACGGCUCGACAAGUUUUCGAGAGCCAGGCUUCUGAAAUGAAGUAUCAAGUGCUUGACGUGGGUAAGGAUCCAAUAGCCCAAGGCUUCGAACCGCACUCUUACGAUGUCAUCAUCGCAUCGAUGGUACUGCAUGUCACCAAAGACCUCCGUCAGACCAUGCAAAACAUCCGACGUUUAUUGAAACCGGGUGGUUACCUAGUUAUCCAGGAGGGUUUCACUAACGACGUUGGAACAACUGGCGCCAUCUUUGGAGCAUUCCCUGACUGGUGGCUGGGAGCUGGCGAAGGGCGCGUCAUUGGGCCUCUCGUGUCAGUUGCCGAAUGGGAUAAGAAGUUACGCGAGACCGGAUUUUCUGGAGUCGACACAUGCUCUUCGACGUUGCAUCCAUUUUCUCACCCAACUGCAGUCUUCGUGACACAAGCUAUCGACGAUCGGAUCAGCUAUAUUCGUAAUCCGUUGUCUCUGCCUCCACCACAAUCCAUAAGUGCCAUAAGGAAUGAGAUUGUGAUUGUUGGAGGUAAAGGUCAGCAGACGAAACACCUGAUGGCUGAGUUGGCACCCACACUCCAGGAACAUUUCCAGUUUUUGCGGAGAUUUAAGUCCUUCGCUGAACUAAUUCAGUCCGGGUUGAAUUUAUCGUCAUCGAGCCUGGUGUUGAGUCUUGCCGAGCUUGACCAGCCAUUAUUGCAGGAUUUGAAUAGUGCAGAAUUUGAGGCAGUCAAGACCGCCUUGCUUAGCCUUGGAUCAAUUUUCUGGAUAACUCGGGGUAGACGCUCGUCAAAUCCUUUCAUUGCAAUGACAGUGGGGAUGAUCCGUGGAGUGGUCUGCGAAGCUGCGACACUGACAUCUCAGUUCCUCGACUUUGAGUGUGACGAUGCGCUGGAUGCAAGUGCCGUUGCCACCGCACUGCUCCGUUUCGAAGCUCAAGUGGCUAUGGUAAGUCAGCAGGAAUCAGGGGAACCCAUUUUCGGAAACCUUGAGCGUGAAUUCGUGCUCGAUUCUCAAGGCCAGAUGCUGAUACCUCGUCUCAAGCCCGGAAUUGAGAUGAAUGAUCGUUACAACUCGGGCCGACGCUCUGUAUUCAAAACUGUACGCCUCGAUUCGAGCGAACCAAUCGCUGCUAGUCUGCAGCUGCAGAGAUCCGGCGGGGUGUAUCAAUUUGUGGAAGAGCCAGCCAUUGCUGCGAAAGAUGCAAGGUUCACGCCUACAGUUUCAUUGAUCUCUGCUGUACGACUCGACAACGGAUCGAGCUAUGCCCACGUUAGUCUUGCAAAGGCCGUAGAUGCUCGCUCGUCGCACGUGGUUUUAUCAUCUCAGCUUGCGCCCAGAGUCCAAGCUAUACAAAGUACCGCACUUCCGACAGACAUCACGGAAGACUUGAUGUCCACGUUUACGAUUCUUGUCGCACAGGCUUUGAUAUGCAUACAAAUCUUGGACAGUAUCUCUACCGAGGACCAUCUUCUGGUUUUCGAGCCCGAGGAAACUUUUGCAACGGCGUUAAGAGCAGUAGCAAAAGAUCGGGGUGUCCAACUUACAUUCGUCGGAAUUAAAUCAACUGGAGGCUCCUGUACCGAGGGACACAUCUACAUCAACCCAAGAUUUCCCGAUCGAACUAUCAGUACUCUCCUACCGUCACACAAGGCGACAUUCUUGAAUUGUGAAAGAAAAACAAGCCCUUCUAGCGUGACUGCACGGAUCAUGGCACUUCGUUCACGAUGCUAUGGGUUCCAGUCACUAAAUGACUAUUUCUCACAGUUACCAUCGGCUCAUGACCCUGCAGGCAAUGUAGCUUGCGGCCAACGAUUGCAUCAGGCAGUACGAUAUGCAUCACGUUGUAUAAUGUCACUUACACGGGCUUCUUUAGAUGCUCAAGUCAACUCUAUAUCUAUCAAAGAUCUAGCCUGCGUUGGUAAUGACCCAAUGACUGUGAUCCACUGGGAGGCUGAAGAAAUAGCUGUCAAGGUCAGCAAGAUUGAAGACCACGUAGUAUUCUCGAACGAAAAAACCUACUGGCUUGCUGGAUUAAGUGGAGGGUUAGGAUUGUCAUUGUGCGAAUGGAUGAUAGGGCGAGGCGCCAAGCAUAUCGUCAUUACCAGCCGAAACCCCAAAGCCGCCCCAUCGUGGGUGGAGUCCAUGAAAGCCUUGGGCGCCAAGGUUUUGGUGCUUCCUUGCGAUCUGACGAACCACGUACAGACCAGUCUCGUUUAUGAUAAGAUUCAGUCGACAAUGCCACCUCUCGGGGGUGUGGCCCAAGGCGCCAUGGUGCUCCAGGAUACUGGAUGCCGCGAUAUGAGCUCCGAUACCAUGCGAAAGGUGUUGCAGCCAAAGGUUACCGGCAGCAUCAAUCUUGAUAGACUGGUAGAAGUUCUCGAUCUCGAGUUUUUUGUGUUUUUCUCCUCAGCUACUGCAAUCAUCGGCAACGCAGGACAGUCUAAUUACUCGGCUGCCAACUUGUUCAUGACUAGUCUCGCAGGAUAG